AUGACGGUUUUCCUGCCUUUGGAGGCGUCGUCGCCAUUCCCGCAGACACCAUCGUUUCUUGUCCCGUCGUCCGACCCGAGUGCUCAUGUCAAGAGGGUCGUGAAAGCUAUCAUGAAGGCGCGCAGGAUCGCCGUCGUUUGUGGUGCUGGGAUCUCUGUGCAAGCCGGGAUCCCCGAUUUUCGGUCGUCAGACGGCCUCUUUCAAUCCUUGAAGAAGGAUAACCCGGCGUUGAGCUCUGGAAGGGAUCUCUUUGACGCGUCCGUCUUCAACUCGGAGACAACUACCUCCAUGUUCUGCCAAAUGAUGGCGCAAUUAUACGAACUCUCCGAGGUCGCUGUGCCGACGGCGUUUCACAAGUUGUUGCGUGCCCUUGACGAUCGGGGUCGCCUCCUGCGCGUAUACACUCAGAACAUCGAUGCGCUGGAACAGAAAUCAGGCUUGACGUUCGGUGUUCCAGAGGUGGACAGUAAACGGUACAAGCCCAGAUCGAACAAAGGCAGACCUGAUGGUAACGGCGAUGCUGGUCCCUCCACGGCCCGGAAUACACCAGAAUCACGAUUGCCGACCCCACCUAUCGAAACCCCCAAAUGCAUACCAUUGCACGGUACAGUGCAACUCAUGCACUGCCAAACAUGUACACACUCUUUCCCGCUCCGCGACUACCUCGACCCGCUGAACGCAGGGAGGCCACCAUACUGCCCGCAAUGCACCAGUCUCGAGGAGACUCGGCAGCUGGUUGGGAAGCGGUCGCGCGGUGUGGGCAAGCUGCGGCCGAGCGUGGUCCUAUACAAUGAGAUGCACAAGGACGGCGAAGAGGUCGGCGAUGUCGUUAGGAAAGAUCUCAUGGGCAGCGGCAAGGGCAAGGGCAGGGCUGGGGCAGACCUCCUUUUGGUAGUCGGGACGAGUCUUAGGGUUCCUGGCACCAAACGCAUCGUGCGCGAAUUCUCGAAGGCCGUGCAUGCGCGCUCCUCUCCGCCAUCCAGCACUGCAUCUCAGAACGAGUCUUCAACGUCUACGCACGGCCUCGCGACCCCGACGCCUUCUCCGCGCCGUUCGCCUGCUGGUGAUGAGGAAUCCCCACUCAGGACUGUGUAUCUCAACCUCGACUUCCCUGUGCCAACGCGGGAGUGGGAGGGUGUCUUCGAUGUCUGGAUACGUGGUGACGCGCAGGAGUUCGCGCAGAUGGUACACAACGAGAUGGAGAGCGAGCGGCAAGCAAAAGAGGCGGCGCGGGAGAGGAAGCGGCGGAGAGAGGAAGCGGCGCUCGCCGCGCGCCUUGAAGAGCAGCUACAGGUGGACAAGCCCAAGAGCACGAAGAAGCGGAAAGGUGCUGUUGGCCAUGGCGACUCCCAGACGCCUGUAAAGAAGUGCAAGACCGCUCUUCUUACACCCAUGUCGCUGUCCAAGCGAUCGUCCUCCUCGGACAAUACUAAGCCGAAGAAACAGACUGGAAAGACUUCAAGGUUUGCGAAAGACAAGGGGAGUCGCCCACCGGAGAAGCUCAUGAUUAAGCUCCCGCCUCGGCCAGAGGUCGUCAUCACCACAAGGGGGAGCAAGAGGGCCAAGGUGGCGUCGCCAACGCCUCCUCUACCCGCUUCACCACUCUCGCCUUUGUCCUCGCUCCCGCCAACUAGCAAGCCACCAUCCCCCAUGUCUCCGCCGCGGAGAGCCUCCUCACGUAAGGGCAGAGGCCGGAAGACCAACGAUGUUUUGGACGAUCAGGAACCUUUGACUGACCUUUCAAGCGACGAGACAGACGAUUAUACGGCCUCGUACCUACCGACGCUUUCAUAUACGUCGCGCAGACCCGGCGGAUAAUGCUCGCUGAAUGCAAUGCAUGCUAGCUGAGACGUGGGACUGAAUUCUUGCUACGAACCUUUACUCUACUGUACUCUUGUAUCUUUAUUGUAUAUUCCUCUCCCUGCCUAAUAGACCCCUCCAGAGGUUCCGACU